AUGAGUAUGAAUCCUGCGUGUUCCCAAAGGCUGCCUUGCCCUGAAUCAUCUGAUUCUAGUGACUGUUCUUCAAUGCCUGUGAUUUGUGGGCAUGAAGAAAAUUAUCCAUCCUUGCAAAUGGCUUCUACAGAGGUGCCCCUCACAGAGACUGCCUCUCCUCUUUCUACUUCUAUGGAUCUGCUGGCUCAGGACAGCCCUGACUCUUCCACUAGUCCCAAAGUAAAACAACCCACUUCCGUAGAGAAGAGUGUAGUGAAGAAGGAAGGUAAGGUCCAGGUCAAGAAACAGAAGACCAGAACCGUGUUCUCUACCACCCAGCUGUGUAUACUCAACGAUAGAUUUCAGAGACAGAAAUACCUCAGCCUCCAACAGAUGCAAGAACUUUCCAACAUCCUGAACCUCAGCUAUAAGCAGGUUAAAACCUGGUUCCAGAACCAGCGAAUGAAAUCUAAGAGAUGGCAGAAAAACAACUGGCUAAAGAACACCAACAGUAUGACUCAGAAGGCCUCAGCACCCAUGGAAUACCCAAGCUUCUACUCUUCCUAUCACCAGGCGUGCCUGAUGAACACAUCCGGAAACCUUCCAGUGUGGAGCAACCAGACCUGGAACAACCCGACCUGGGGUAACCAAACCUGGAGCAGCCAGUCUUGGAGUAACCAUUCCUGGAACAGUCAGACCUGGUGCACCCAAGCCUGGAAUAGUCAGGCCUGGAACAAUCCCUUCUUUAACUGUGGGGAGGAGCCUUUACAGCCCUGCUUGCAGUUCCAGCAAAAUUUUCUUGCCAGUGAUUUGGAAAUUGCCUUGGAAGCUGCUGGAGAAAGCCAUAAUGUAAUCCAUCAAACCACUAAGUAUUUUAGCUCCCCACAAACCGCGGAUUCAUUCCUAAAUUACUCAAUGAAUAUGCAGCCUGAGGAUGUGUGA